GGUCACGCUUUCAAUAUGACGUAACGGAUUUCCUCUUGAUAAUUGACAAAGUGAGUGAUUGGUCUUGAAGGACCGUGACGUCACAGCUCCAUUCGCCAAAGACAGAGAACUAGUACCUAUAAAUCGGAGGCUGUACUUUAUUUGCUGACGGGCGGCACCUCAUGUGCAAGGAUUUUACCAAAGCUAAGCUUGGAAAAUAAAGCACAAUGAUUAGACUAGUGGUCUCGUUCUUUCUCGUCCUACUCACUGUAAUCACGCAGUCAUAUGGUGCUCGGAUAUUCAUCAAAAGGAAUGCGGCUGCCCGGGAUUGCUACGACAGUUUGCUAAAGUUGGAACGAAAGAUCACAAAUCCUGACCAGGGACCUUUUUCAUUUAGCAUUCCAUUAAAACGGGAGGGAAAAUAUCCGGAGUUUAUACGAGUCAGCGUGGAUGAGGUGUAUGAUGGUGCUUAUAGAGUAACAGCAAUAACGCCCACGGGGAGAAUUCUUUCAGAGGCAACAUUCGCGACGAAAGGCGAGAUGGUUUUCGACCCCCGGUACACAGUCUCAAGAGUCAGGGUGAUGUACCUCCAUGAUGUGAUAGCACUGAGUCCAGAAAGCUUACCAAGGAUUAAAAUCAGUGUGUUCGGGUGCUACUGAUGGCGCUGCGGUCGGUUUUAUAGGUCUCAAAAAUAUGAAUCGUUCCAACGAAUCGACUGUGAUGUGGUCAUUUUCCGAACCGAGGAGCCACGGAAAUGACCGAGAUGACGACUGCGAAUUGUCUAUUACGAACAUACUUCAGUGGUCGUUGUGUCGUUAGGUGUUGUGUUCAAGCGCCCUCUUUUGGGAAUUGCAAUGUCCAAUGUAUUAUUUUAAAGGGGGACUAGACGCAGAAGCUAGGGUUCUCCGAUCGGUGGUUUUACGCUGCAAGGUAAAGUUUGUCCUCUUCGAUUUAUUUAUAAAAUUACAACAUGCAGAUUGAGGAUGAACUGAGUUGAGAAACCUAUCGGUCAUUUCUCUAACAAUAAUCUGACCCACCGGGAUUUUGCUUAUAGCCCCGCCUUUAGCCUCCCAACUGGGAUAUUUUGAUCCAACCUUAAUGCUGAAACGCCCGUUUUAGUAAUGGAAUGAACGUGGAUUCCUACAAUGUUCAUCGUCUAAAAGGCACCGUGACCCUGUCUGAGACAUCGUCUUCUGACACUUUCUAGAUCGAUAGAUUAUUCCAGUUCAGCUUUAAGGAUUUUCCUCUGACCACUGUCGAUCAUUUGCAAUCAACUUGGCGAACCAAAAUACUCCUAAACCUUAAAGGAGUGCGCCAUUCGUGUUCGUUUUAUUUAUUAGUGGCUCAGGAAAUUGAAAUACAAAACGCCGAAAAAACUUCAUAUCUCACUGACUGUAGAUUCAAAUUGCAACAUACGGUAUGAUCAAGUUUUGAAAAAGUGCUACACGUGUAAUGAAGUUUAUUAAUUCCAGACAUAAUGAAUGGUCCUGAAUGAACAUUCCUAAGAGUCAUUUUGAAAUUUCGUAUAUCAAUAUGUCUACACGUGGUAGGUUCAACUAGAAUAUAAUUAUUAAUUAGGCCUAUAUUUCUUUUGUACGCAGGGAUGUCAAGUAUGUUUAAGUGUUUUGCACAAGUUACUUGAUGAGUGCAGAAUGAAUUCUUUGAAUACGUGUAUCAUACCCGAUUCGCUUUGCACUACAUUGUAUAGGGUGUCGGACAUUGUACCAUUUCAAUCAAGGCCUGAAAUAAGUAUAUCAGUGGUUCCGCUAACAUUCAGGCCCGCAUUUAGCAGGGGAGGGAGUUUAGGGAUGAAAGUGGUUUUCUGCCCCCCCCCCCUCCCGAGCCCAGUGGGCCUGUAGUAAUUAAAAAGAAGGUUUGCGUGGUGGUGACCGAAGCGGGAAAAUGUGCCUCACAGCAUGGUAGGUUUAGGCCAGGUAACAUUAAAAAAAUGAUUCUCGUUCCCGGCCGCCCCGAAGAGAUAUUUUAUCUUCACAGUAUGUCACCACUUUAUUACGAUUUACAUGACGUUUAUACAUCAAUAGAAUAUAAAAAUAAAAAUAAAAGGUGUCUUCCGCCCAAAUUUCAAGAAAAGACACGGACGAGAAUCAAAAAUUCCACCGGGCCUUACGGUACAACAGGUAUCUUAUGUCGGGCAGUAUACAGAAUGUCCCAAAAUGUACUCUGAGUUAGAGGUGGCUUUCAUUUUCAAUGAUUUAGUCAAUAAAAAUGCAAUUCAGAGCUUUUUUGGGACACCAUGUAAUAGAAAAGUAUAAUCUUGACAACAGCUUGAAUAAGGCUAAUCGAAUUGUUCUGUUUCGUGUAUAGUAAUUUAUGUUUGUAUAGUUCUUUUUUACCCGGACCACAACUGCCGAUAAAUAUAUCUCAAAAUUGGCAAGAAUGUAUUAAUUUUUUUCAAGGCCGAAAUAUAUAUGUUAUUUAUUGUGUUAAAAUAUUUGUGUCCGGCGUU